GAGCACUCCAGUUCCAGGGUUUACAGCAUCCCUAUAUUGUCCAUUGCCUAUCGCAACGUAGGAUGAAGUAACGUUAGUGGGAACAGAAACACUAUGGCUGCCAGUCUCUCUCUGACUCAGCUUUCAAGUGGGAAUCCUGUCUAUGAGAAACACUAUCGACAGGUAGAUCCGUCCAACAGUGGGCGUGUAGCAGCGAGUGAUGCCGCCUUAUUUUUGAAGACAUCUGGCCUUGCAGAUCUAGUCCUUGGCAAGAUAUGGGACUUAGCUGAUUCAGAAUGCAAAGGCUCACUUAACAAGCAGCAAUUUUACGUAGCUCUGCGUUUGGUGGCGUGUGCUCAGAAUGGAUUUGAAGUGUCUCUCAAAAGCCUCAUCGCUGCUGUCCCUCCCCCAAAUUUUCAUGACACUAGCAGCCCUCUUCAAUUUGGACACGUUCCCGUUGACUGUCCAUGGAUAGUCAAGCCAGAGGAAAAGCUGAAAUUCGACGUUAUCUUCGACAGCCUCUCACCGGUGGGAGGCAUGCUCACGGGAGAUAAGGUCAAACCAGUGCUCCUCAAUUCUAAACUCCCUGUGGAUGUUCUUGGCAGGGUCUGGGAGCUGAGUGACAUCGACAGAGAUGGAAUGCUGGACAAAGAUGAGUUUGCUGUGGCCAUGUAUUUAGUAUACAGAGCCCUGGAGUCUGAGUCAGUUCCCAUGACUUUGCCUGUCGGUCUUGUUCCACCAUCGAAAAGGAAAAAAACGACUCCACCCCCUGUGAUGCCACUCCUACCAUCACCUUCACCGUCUAAAGAGAGAGGCCCCACCCACUCUGGUUCCAAAACACUGCCAGCGAAACCUACACCGCCACAGUGGGUGGUAUCUCCUUCAGAUAAAGCCAAAUAUGAUGAGUUAUUUACCAAGACAGACAGUGACAUGGAUGGUUUGGUAUCGGGUGCUGAGGUCAGAGACAUAUUUCUGAAGACUGGUUUGCCAUCCGCCACCUUGGCACACAUAUGGGAGCUUUGCGAUAUCUGUGACGUCGGAAAGCUGACCAAAGAGCAGUUUGCAUUGGCCCUCCAUCUCAUCAAUCAGAAGCUCUCCAAGGGAACAGAUCCGCCCCAGACUCUCUCUCCAGAAAUGAUCCCUCCAUCUGAUAGGCUGGCACGACAGGUGCAGAACAAUGCUUUGUCAGUUCAGGCUGCGGAUUUCUCGGCUAUUAAAGAGUUGGACUCGCUUAGUAAUGAAAUCAUUGAGCUACAGAGGGAGAAGAGUACAGUGGAACAGGACAUCAAAGAGCAUGAAGAAACAAUACGACAGAGGACCACUGAAGUCCAGGACCUGCAGGAGGAGGUUCAGAAGGGCUCAGAGGAGCUGGGACGUUUGCAGGCGGAGCGACAGGAGGUGCAAGAGAAGCUGGAGAGGCUGGACGAGCAGAAAAGAUCUCUGGAGGAACAGCUUUCACUCAUACAGCAGCAAUGCAGUCAGGAGAGCCAACUGAUCCAGUCACUGCAGGUGGAGCACUCGGAGCAGGAACAGAGAAUUGGUGACUAUGAAGAUGAGCUGACCAGAGCUCGGGAAGAGUUGCUCCGUCUGCAGGACGAGACGCGGCACCUGGGAGAGACUGUGGAGUCUGCUCGUGCUCAACUCUGCCCUUUAGAGGACAUGGUUAAAGAAUCUCACACACAGAUUGCUCAGGAACAAGAGCGUUUGAGCGAAUUGAAAGUGGAGGAUAGAGAAGUGACGGCACGGCUGACCUGGAGAGUCCUGGAGGAGCCGGUGCUUGUAAAUGGAACAGCGCCCUCGUCUGAGCACUCGGAGCAACUGCAGUGGCCUCAACCCACAUCAUCUCCACCAGGGAAACCACAGGAGAACAAAAGAAAGGACGAAGACGAGCAGGCAUCCAUGGACGAGCCGCAGGAGCUCAGAGUCACAGAGGAACAGCCCGGAUCAGAUGCAGAGCAGACGCCUGUCAGUCCAGAGGAGCAGGAGCCUAAAGCUGACUUUUAUAGCGCUGAUCUUUAUAACAGUGAACUUUUCUCCAGUGCCUUCUCCACUGUCAGCUCCUCUAAUGUAGCCUGGCCUCAGAAGAACAUGGAAAUUACCCCAGAGCUGGAUGAGGAGGCAGAGGAGGAGAAUGAAAACCCAGAGGAACAGCCUGCCACCAGCACACCAAAGGCUGAAACAGUGGAGACCGAGAAGAAGGAAGCCGCUCCACCAGUUUCACUCCCACCCACCGGUCCUGCUGUUGACUUCUUCCAGUCUGACCCAUUUAUAGACAGUGACCCAUUCACCGAUGACCCUUUCUUAAAGGUCGACAUCGCUGGUGAGCAUGAUCCUUUCGGCGGUGACCCCUUUAAAGGCACAGACCCGUUUGCGGCAGACAACUUUUUGAAACACCCUUCAGCUGGUUUCCCUUUAGAAGACCCUUUCAGUUCCACUGACCCCUUCACCACCACCAUAGGCCUAAAAGAGUCGGAUCCAUUCUCAUCCAAAACCAGCAAUACGGUCACUCCAGACCCGUUCUCAUCUAGCAGUAGUAGCAUCCCAGAUGCCGAUCCGUUCAAAUCUAAAAUGGACGCACGGGCAGACCAUGAUCCAUUUAGCUCAUCUGGCACAGGCCACGACCCGUUCGGAGCGCCGGAGAUUCCUGAAAGAGAGGGGCUAGCAGCGACCAAUGAUCCGUUUGCCCCAGGAGGAGUUACAGUGGUUGCUAACUCAGACCCAGAUCAGUUUGCCGCAAUGUUUGGGAAUGAGACGUUUGUUGGAGGUUUUGCAGACUUCAGUAGCUUAGCGAAGUCUAAUGGUGAUCCAUUUGACAAAAGCACAAACAUCAAUUUAUUUAAGGAGAACACACAGUCAGAUGUUCCUCCAGCAUUACCGCCCAAAACGGGAACACCCACCAGACCUCCCCCUCCACCCCCAGGUAAGCGGUCCAACAUUCACAGAUCGGACUCGUCCGAGUCAUUUCAGAGGCGUGGUCUGUCCAAGGCACAGGGUUCCGGAGAGUUCUCCUCCCUCCCAGCUAAAGACUCGGUACCAGAUCCCUUCGCCCCUUCCUCGCCCCACCAAGCCCUGCGUGACCCCGCCCGAUUCGCCAGCUUUGACAAAUUCCCCACGGAGGACGAAAUGAUAGAGUGGGCGAAAAAGGAGAGUGAGAGAGAGGAGAAGGAGCGUGAGGCUCGUCUGUCCCAGCAGGAGCAGGAGGAUCUGGAGCUGGCGAUAGCCCUUAGCAAGUCCGAGCUGUCUUGACCCAAACUGGACACCAAGACCACCCCGUCACACAGAAGAGGAGGAGCUGGAGAGGACGAAGAGGUUUGACCACCUUUAUGAGCAGAAUCCUUGGUUCCAUCUUAAACAACUUGAUGAUUCCAUUGAGUUCUGGUUCCCAAUUGGUGGAAAAUAUUUGAAGGAUGGAAGGUAACGGACUUAUUGCAGCCUUCUUGGCUUGAAACCUCCUGUGUGACUCCCUUGUGUUUUUAAAUAACCUCAAAUCAAGAGACCUCCAGUAAUCUCGUGGACCGCUCAAAAUCCAUCUGACUUUAGUAAAAUGUAUUGUUAAUGAUAAACAAGUGUUUGGGCAGAUUGAUUCCCAUUUAAUUGAAGUAUAUUUUAGAAUUGUUAGAAAUUUACCAAUGGUUACCCCUGAAGUUCAGAUGGGGACAGGUCGAAGAUGUCAAACAUACUCCAGGUGUUAGGUUUGAUCUCAUCGUAUCUCGAGUACCGUUAACACAUUUGUUGAACGUUUACAAAGCAAGCAAACCGGGCAGCUUCAUCCACUUUUCAAUGUUUCAGCAAUAGUUCUCUAACCCAAGAGGUUUAUCGGGGGCAUCUCUGGAAUCUCAGGAACAUAUCCCACAAUUCAUAAAGCCUCAGAUUUGUAACAGAUUUGCAACAAUAUCAGAAGUCCUACUGAAAUUGAUCAUCCACCAUACUAAAAUAUUUUUAAAGAGACCACUGAUGAAAUUUUGAAAAGUAAUGUGUAACCACCAUUCACUCCAUACUUGAUCUUUCGAAGAAUCAACAUCUUGACAAACUUCUUCAAGAAUCACUAUUUGAAAAUGACAAAUUCAUAAGCAGGCGUUGUAAUUAAUGAAAAUGUACAUAUUUGUGAAAUUGUUUGCCAGUAAUCUUGAACUACAGUGUAUUCAUAUCUAAAUCAUAUUCUGUUUUAUAAAUGUCUUAGUAGAAUGCACAAUAUAGGCAGUCUGCUUCUAAUAGCGAAAACAAAAUGUCCCUUUGUCUCAACAAAUGGCAAAGCAAAAGGAUUAAAGAUGAGAAAUCUCAUUAUUUGAGCGCCACAAAUUGAAUUGAGCCAUGUUUAAGCGGGCUGUCUUUUAAAGUGCCUAACCUUUCUACUUUGCCUUGUAUAGAUGUUAAGCAAGAAGAGAGAAAAACGGUCUGCUAAGAGUUCAGUUGAAAAGGAUUUAGUGUUACUUAUAAUUUCACUACUUCCAGUGCUCACCUUGUCAUUUGAAAAGCUCUCUUUUAUAUACAAGCACAAUGUUAUUGGUAUAUGAUUACAGAGCUGUGUAACACUUAAUUUGUCAUAACCAUUUAAAUUGUAAGUAUGUGGUUUCACCAGUAGGUGGAUCCACCCAAACACACUAUUUGCCUGAAAGACAAGAACCUGCUCUCCUGGGCAUUGUCUGGACUCUCUAUGUCUGUGGCUGGUUUCUGUUCCCCGUUUGUACAAUAGAUUAACUUUGUAAAAGUGUCCUUUUACACAGACUUUGUAUGUGAAAGCAUUUGACAGCAGGUUGGGAGAAGGCCUGGAACCGUAAAGCUCUUUUUGUUUUAAAUGCUUUCAGGUGUUUGCAGUAUUGCCCUUUGACAUCAGUGUGAUGUUGGUUUCAGGACACUAGUUUGCCUUUGGCCAAAGAAAUAUGUGGCGUAAGUGGGGGAAAAAAGCACAAGAGAUUAGAUAAUAUCCCCCUGCGGCAAUAUGGAUUUUCUCUGAACAGUGCAACAAUUACAUGAAAAUUAUUCGAAUCCGCAUUAUUACUAUCGACCAGACAGCAAUACAGCAUUACAAAACUCCAUUUUAAACCCGACGCUUUAUGUUCCACUUAAGGCUGCUGCUGUCUUGUGCUGUUUAUAAAAAAACCUCUUAUGCUCUAUUCUUGAUCAUAUAUGUAUGUAUGUAUAUGCUUUGUGUGCCUCUAAAAGAAAACCACUUAUAUGUUGGCCACUGACUGCCUAUCAAGAACAGGCAAAUUGUAUUUUAUUUUUUUAACUUCCCUUCAUUGGAGGCUAUUCUUUAAAUAUGUUGAGUAACAUGUAAUUAAAAUGAACAAAAUAAAUAUUAAGCUAUUAA